UGCCCCUGUUCCCCACGGCCUUUUCCAAGCCCAGCUCAUCCCUGAAACGGGACAGUUGCAGGGAUCAGUGUCCAUCCCUAAAGCAGGGGGUGCAGCUUGGCCACGCCCCCAUCCCUGCAACUUGACCCGGGCUGCGACCCCCAGCUCUGACGUCUCGGAAAAUUCCCCCCUCCCCUACUCAGGCCCCCCGGGAAGGGUGCAAGAGCAAGCAGAACAAGCAUCCAUGGACCUGUGGAGCUGGGAUGAAGCAUCGCUGCAGGAAGUGCCUCCUGGGGACAAGCUGACAGGACUAGAAGGAGCGGAAUUUGGUUUCUAUUUCCCUGAAGUGGCACUGCAAGGGGACACAGCGAUCUCACCGAUGACAGUAGACAGCUGCUGGAAAGGGUUCCCCGAGCUGGACUGGAGCCCCGCUCUACCGCAGGAGGAAGUACCUUGGGAGGCGGAGCCGGCUGCUCACCCCCUUCCGUGGUCGCGAGACUGGGCCGACCUGGGCUGCUACACCUCGGACCCGUGGAGCCGCCGCGCUUCGCAGACGCCCGGCCCCGCCCCUCCGGGCCCCGCCCCCUUCGCUGGCUUUGACGGGGCGACCGGCCCACCGCACCCUGACCCCUCCUGGUCGCACCCUGCGGCCGCCUGGAGCGCCGCCAGCUGGGACUGUUCCGUGGGCACCAGUGGCGCCACCUCUUGGGACAAUGGCCUGGGCGGGGAGGCGCGUGCGGACUGUAGGGCGUCGUGGGGCGGGUCCGCGGGUUCGGACCACACCGCCUCGUGGGGCGCUGAGCUGCUGCUGGACUGCAGCGUCCCUCGCGAGGCGUACCCAGGUCCCGCGGUCUCCGCGUCCUCCACCAAAUCCAGCCAGCAGCCUGAUCGCGCCAGCGUGGCUCGCUACCCCAAAAGUAACCACCGAGGUCCCAUCCAGCUGUGGCAGUUCCUCCUGGAGCUGCUCCACGACGGGGCGCGCAGCAGCUGCAUCCGCUGGACGGGCAACAGCCGCGAGUUCCAGCUGUGCGACCCCAAGGAGGUGGCCAGGCUGUGGGGCGAGCGCAAGAGGAAGCCAGGAAUGAAUUACGAGAAGCUGAGCCGAGGUCUGCGCUACUAUUACCGCCGCGACAUCGUGCUCAAGAGCGGUGGGCGCAAGUACACGUACCGCUUUGGGGGACGUGUGCCGGUCCUUCCCUGUCGGGAUAGCACGGGGCCCCUGCCGGGGGCAGAAAGUCAAUAAAAACACCCCGUCAAACCUG